AUGAGUGAAAUCAAGAACGUAGAGUUGGUCAUCAUACCAUCUCCUGGAUUGGGUCAUCUGGUACCCGCAGUGGAGAUGGCAAAACUCCUUAUAGCUAGAGAGAAACACCUCUCCAUCACUGUCCUGGUCAUGAACAUGAACCUCGACUCGAACCUCAAACCUUACCUCCGAUCACUUUCCUCAAAUGCUAAUUGCAGCUCAUCAAGAUUGAAAUUCAUAAACCUCCCUCGUGACGAAUCCGCUUUGCUACUCCUCAACAACAAUACCUUCUUUUCUGGGUUCAUUGAAAGCCAUAAACCUCAGGUCAGACAUGUUGUAGCUCAAAUUCUGCAAUCAAAAACAGCCACACUAUCCGGUUUUGUGGUAGACAUGAUGUGUACCACAAUGAUAGAUGUGGCCAAUGAAUUUGGUGUUCCAACUUAUGUUUUCUACACGACUAGUGCAGCCAUACUUGGCCUUCACUUUCAUAUGCAGAGCCUAAGAGAUGAUUUUAACACGGAUGUUACCGAUUAUAACGAUGACCCUGAAUCAGAACUCCAUGUACCUUCGUAUUUAAAUUCAUUUCCGGCAAAAUGUUUGCCGUUGAUAUUCUUGGACAAGGAAGGUGGUUCCACUAUGUUCCUUGAUAUUUCCAAAAGGUAUCGAGAAACCAGAGGAAUCUUGGUGAACACAUUUCAGGAGCUGGAAGCUCAUGCUAUGAUAUCUCUCUCUCUGGAUGAGAAAAUCCCAACCGUUUAUCCAAUAGGACCAUUGCUGUACCUCAACAGUGGCAUUAGUGAUAAGGAAGAAUCGUCUCACGACGAAAUUAUCAAAUGGUUAGAUAGGCAAAAUUCAUCCUCUGUAGUGUUCCUCUGCUUUGGAAGCUCGGGAAGUUUCAACAAGGAUCAAGUGAAGGAAAUUGCGCAGGCUCUAAAGGACAGCGAGUUCCUGUUCUUGUGGUCUAUAAGGAAGCCGCCACCAAAAGACUCAUGGUAUCCAAGCGAGUACGAGAACCUGGAAGAUGUAUUGCCGGAGGGGUUCUUGCAAAAAACAAAAGGGAUUGGAAUCAAUCCGCCACUGAUUGGAAUGGUGAUAGGAUGGGCACCCCAAGCAGAAAUUUUGUCUCAUCAUGCCGUGGGUGGAUUUGUGUCGCACUGUGGUUGGAAUUCAAUUUUGGAGAGUAUUUGGUUCGGUGUGCCAAUGGCAACAUGGCCAAUGUAUUCAGAGCAGCAAGCAAAUGCAUUUCAAUUGGUAAAGGAUUUGUGUAUGGCAGCGGAUAUUAAGAUGGAUUAUAAGAUAAAGGGGAGCAACACAGAUGUUAUAAAAGCGGAGGAGAUAGAGAAAGCAAUAAGGCAUUUGAUGGAUCCUGAAAAUGGAAUAAGGUUGAAAGUGAAAGACAUGAAGGAGAAGAGCAUAUUGGCGCUAAAGGAAGGUGGUUCUUCCUACAACUCUGUUGGGCAUUUUAUCGAGCAGGUUACGGGCAAUAACUGAAUAAUGAGCACUUCA